AACAGUCAGUGGUGUUCCGCGAUCGGUUGUGUGGUAUUACUGUGGGAUCACCGACACGUCUUUUCCCGGUACACUAGGUCAUCUUCAUCUUCGCGAUGGCAUUCUUGUAACGGUUUGUUUGCAUCGACCCCGUGAAGAACCCAUUUUGAUACUAGCUGUUUUGGCUCUGAGUACGAGUAAACGCGGAUAGUAGGUACCAUUAGCCGUUAGUGCCCGUUGUCGCAUUACGGAACCAGUCAUGUCUCUUAAUGGACAUGCGUUUGGUCGCUGUGUUCGAUUUGCUCGUUUUUGUCGUUCUUGUCAAUGCUCAAUUUGUUGACAAGCAGCAAAUUGAAUAUUUAGUUUUGAAAUGGUCUCCAUUAAUAUGGAUGUCUCCAGAAGAAAAAUUUAUGCCUCUAGCUGCGGAGGAGUUUUUAAAACAUAUGAAAAUCUCCGACGAGAAUGGAAAACCUCUUGAAACGACUAGUUUUGAGAAUGGAUUAAAAUAUAGCACAAAAUCAUUUCAUCUAGUCACGAAAUUAACUCUUGACUCCUUAAAAGAGAAUAAUAGUUCAUUUUUAUAUGGUAAAAAUCCGAAGGAAAAUUCAGUACCUGUAUAUGCAAUUGUCACAUAUUGUUCACCGUACAUAUCGUUUCAUUCAACCGAUUUAGAAAAUAUAAGAAACGAUAUAAAUAUUGUAUAUGGAAAGGUUGAACCGAAUUUGAACUUCCACGUCAGUUAUUGGAUAUUCUAUCCUUACAACGAAGGAAAGGAAAUAUGUUUUAUAGGAAAAGUUCCAGCCCCAUUCAUUUUCAACACAUGUUUCGGCCAUCUGAAGUCGAUGGGUAAUCACGUAGGUGACUGGGAACACAUGAGUUUAUCGUUCAAUGGAAAGACCAUCCCACACAAAAUGUUUCUAGCUGUACAUGAUGCAGGCGUUUACUAUAAUUUCGAUAUAAAACGGAGCAUUUUCCGUUACGAUUCUCAAGUAACACGAAAGGGAGUCGUACAGAGACCUAAGUUUCCCAGAAUCGUUAGAACUCAGGGAGGACAUCCCGUAUUAUUUUCGGCUCUGGGUUCGCACGGAUUGUGGUCGUCACCGGGUGUUCAUGAUUACAUCCGUGUUCCUAGAUUAUCAGAUAAAAAUGGGUAUGGUAUUCCAUGGAAAACAUGGAACAACGUUCAGAUAUAUCACUUCGGUUCAACCAAGAUUCCCAAUUGGAUGUUGUUCAAGGGUAAAUGGGGUAAUCCCAAGAGCAACUGUUUUUUGUUUAAGAAACUAGGUUUAUGCGAAUAUACCGACGGCCCCGUUGGAUUAUUGAGGAAUGUUCAAGAUUUUUAUUGUUAAUUGUUGUUAUUGUUUUCAUUAUAUG